CGCUGCCGCCGAGGUUACUGUCUCGCUCCCGCGCGCAGUGGCGGCAGCAGAGGUCGCGCACAGAUGCGGGUGAGACCGGUGGAGGUAGGAGAUGGAGGAGGAGAGGAAGCUGCAUGCAUGAGACCCACAGACGCUUGCAAGCCGGAUGCCCUCUGUGGAUGAAAGAUGUAUUAUGGAAUGAACCCGAGCAAUGGAGAUGGAUUUCUAGAGCAGCAGCCGCAUCCCCAGUUCCCCCCUAGAAUCUUGGCUGUGAUCUUGUGGUUUCAGCUGGCGCUAUGCUUCGGCCCUGCACAGCUCACGGGUGGAUUUGAUGACCUUAACGUGUGUCCUGACCCAGGCACACCCAAGAAUGGCUUCAGGAACCCAAGCAGAGGGGUGUUCUUUGAAAGCUCUGUGACCCGGUUUCACUGCCAAGACGGAUUCCAGCUGAAGGGCUCUACAGAAAGACUGUGCAUGAAGCACCUUAAUGGGACCCUGGGCUGGGUCCCAAGUGACAAAUCCAUCUGUGUGCAAGAAGAUUGCCGCAUCCCUCAAAUCGAAGAUGCCGAGAUUCACAACAAAACUUAUAGGCAUGGAGACAAGUUAAUCAUCACCUGUCAUGAGGGAUUCAAGAUCCGUUACCCUGACCUCUACAAUGUGGUGUCAUUGUGUCGCGAUGAUGGGACGUGGGAUAAUCUGCCCAUCUGUCAAGGCUGCCUGAGACCACUGGCCUCUUCCAAUGGCUACGUGAACAUCUCUGAGUACCAGACCUCCUUCCCCGUGGGGGCUGUGAUCUCCUACCAUUGCUUCCCCGGCUUUAAGAUGGAGGGUGCCGAGUACCUGGAAUGCCUGCAUAGCCUCAUCUGGUCUGCCAGCCCUCCCCAGUGCCUUGCUCUGGAAGUAUGUCCACUACCUCCCGUGGUGAGCCACGGAGACUUCAUUUGCCACCCCCGGCCCUGCGAGCACUACAAUCACGGGACCGUGGUGGAGUUCUACUGCGACCCUGGCUACAGCCUCACCAGUGACUACAAGUACAUCACUUGCCAGUACGGAGAAUGGUUUCCUUCCUACCAGGUCUACUGUGUCAAGUCAGAGCAAACAUGGCCCAGCACCCACAAGACCCUCCUGACCACGUGGAAGAUCGUCGCAUUCACGGCGACCAGUGUGCUGCUGGUGCUGCUGCUCGUUAUUUUGGCGAGGAUGUUCCAGACCAAGUUCAAGGCCCACUUUCGCCCCAGGGGGCCUCCCAGAAGCUCCAGCAGCGACCCUGACUUCGUGGUUGUGGAUGGUGUACCCGUCAUGCUCCCAUCCUAUGAUGAGGCUGUGAGUGGCGGGUUGAGUGCCUUAGGCCCUGGGUACCUGGCCUCCUUGGGCCAGAGCUGCGCCUUUCCUGUGGAUGACCAGAGCCCUCCAGCAUAUCCUGGCUCAGCAGACAUGGACACAGACCCCCAGGAGCCAGAGACCUGUGACAGCAUCUCAGUCUCCUCUGAGCAGCCCCAGGGUGUGUAUUCACCUCCUCCUCCGUGCCAAGCAGGGGCCCUGCCCCCCGUCCACAGCCCUGAUGCCAUGGACAGUGCAGUGGGGGAGAUGUUGUCCACCAGCCCAGCCAUCACCAUUGCAGAUGCACACCUUCACCCUGCCAGCAGCACACCUUCGCCCUGCCAGCAGCACACCUUCGCCCUGCCAGCAGCACACCUUCGCCCUGCCAGCAGCACACCCUCGCCCUGCCAGCAGCACACCUUUGCCCUGCCAGCAGCACACCUUCGCCCUCACAACUUCGCCCUGCCAGCAACUUAG